UGGUCUACCCGGUUCCCGCCCAAAACAGCCUGCCACACGUCAUUAUCUGCGAGGAACCAGAAGGCAGAUGUAAGAAGUCAGAAACCGUCCGCGAAGAAGUCGAGCAACCCCAUUACAGAACCUCCAAACCCGAAGGUUUUGUUAAUUCUUUUAGGGAUGUGUGGUUGUGAAUUUUGAGAUAUUGGUCCGAUUUAUUGAUUAUGGAUGAGUGAAUAGGUGUGGUAAUUUUGCUAUUAGAGUUAAUCUCAUUAAAUAAUGGUUGAUAACAUUCUAUUACAGAGUAAAUUGUGAAUAUGUUAGGUAGGUAUUUUGACUUAGAGUAGCAUCUGGAUUCUGCUCUGCCCUACUUUCUUUAUUUCUGGCUAUUAUCAUUUUUUUUUGUUUCUAUUGGACAUUUUAUAUUCUUACUUCCUUAUAUACGUCUAGCCCAUAUCUUAACUUGGACUUUUUUUAGGAUGACAAAUUAUUAUGAGGUUGAUGAUAUCUUAGCUGAAGAAGAGCUGGUUCCAGCUGUAUUCCAGAAGUCUGCCAAUGGAGUCGGGAUAUUUGAUUGCUGUGAUGAUACAAAUAAGGUGGGAGCCGGUACUGAAGUGGAAAUGCCCUUUUGGCUUGCAUGUGACCUGUAUGUUAAACAAGCAGUGAAGAUCAAAGUUCCGUCAUGUUUUGACACCAAAAUCGGUGACAAGACAAUAGGGCCUUUUCUGUUGGUUGCAUUUCGGACAAGAUAUAAAGAAGUGUUGAUCAAAGCAUACACUGCAGCAUCUACAGUAGCUAUUAAACAAUUACCACUUCUAACACAGGAAGAGAUGAAAUUGUAUGAGGCUGGGCAAUCCUCUAUAAUGGCUUUUAAGAAAUGGCGGAUGGGUGGACCUAGACUGCAGAAAGCUUCUGUGCUUGGGAGAAAGAGGAAACCAACCGAAUGAGUUUUUUCUCUUUUUGUAACCAUAUCUCAGUUAGUUAUUUGCACAAAGUGUACUUAAUUAUCAUCUUAAUAGUCUUACACCUCAUGAUUGAUCUUCACAUUUGGACAGAUAUCUCGAAUGACAAUUCUGAGUAUCUUGUAUCCUAAAAUAUUAUGUGGCCAGUUCUGUAAAUCGUUACAAAAGAGUGAUUGUAAU